GUGUCCCGUGUCGUCGCUCGUCCCGUCCCGUCCCGUCCCGUCCGUCCGCCCGUGCGCCGAGCCGAGAGCCGAGCCGACCGUCCCUCCUCAUUCUCUGCCCCGCUCCGCGGUGGAGUGGUUCGGUGCUGUGGAUUCGGCUGUGCGGAGACGAUAAACUUUGUUUUCCACACUGUUUUCCUCAUCGAGCUUUGCGAUUUGUCCGAGUGUGGUGAUUCCAUAACACAUUUGUGCUGGCUACUUUUAAGUUGGUCGCUUUCUGCCAACCGGGUUUCGUCCUCAUCUGUACCCCCGGACAGUCUCACCAUUAUUUCUUUUGGAGGUCCUGUUAGGACUCCCACCAGGGCGCCAUGGCAGAAGCCCAUUCUGCCGUAGCCUUUUCAUUUUCCAUCACCCACGAGGGAUGGGACGUCAACUUCGACAGGGAAGUUCUGCACCUCGUCUGGUCUUCCGGAUUCCGGUCAUGGAAGAAGAGGCUAUGGAGAUUUCAGAACAGUGUGAAAAAUGGAGUGUACCCAGCUCCUUUGCAGAGCCUGUGGGCAACAGUGGGAAUACUAGUUGCACUUCACUUUGCUGGUGUUAGACUUCCUAUAGGACUUGUGGGAAUGCUCUUACCGCACUUACCAAGCACAGCGUUUCACUGGCAGGUGGUGGCAUGCUUCACUGUGGCACUGAGUGUGUGGUUGGCUAUAAUUAUGGUUAUAAGGUAUACAUUGAGAAUGUUGCUGAUGUACAAAGGGUGGAUGUAUGAAGAGAGAGGACGUGGCAGAUCCAUUUCUUUAAAAACCAAAUUGUGGCUUUUGUUAGUUAAAUCAUUGUCCGGUGUCAGCCGCCCCAUGCUAUACUCUUUCCAGGGCUCUCUUCCAAAAUUACCGGUUCCUGCUCUUGAUGAUACUGUGCAUAGGUAUUUAAGAAGUGUCCGUCCACUUUUGAAUGAUGAUGAAUAUCACCGAAUGGUAAAACUUGCUGAGGAAUUCCAAAAGGGCAUUGGUAUGAAGCUGCAGCGAUACCUCAAACUGAAGUCAUGGUGGGCAAGCAACUAUGUUUCUGAUUGGUGGGAAGAGUAUGUUUACUUAAGAGGCCGAUCUCCUCUUAUGGUAAAUUCGAACUUCUAUGGUAUUGAUGCUAUUUUGAUGCAUCCUACCAAAAUCCAAGCUGCCAGAGCUGCCACUGUCAUUCAUACAUGUCUCCAGUAUCGUCGCUUGAUUGAACGUCAAGAAAUGGAACCUAUCCUUAUUCAAGGCCUUGUUCCUUUGUGCUCAUGGCAAUAUGAACGUCUUUUUAACACUACAAGAGUGCCAGGGGUUGAAACUGACCGCAUUGUGCAUUAUGCUGACUCUAACCACAUUGUUGUGCUUCACCGUGGUCGGUACUUCAAAGUCCUGAUUUACUACAAGAACAGGUUGCUUCUACCAUGUGAACUUGAAGUGCAAAUGCAAGCUAUUUUGGAAAAUAAGACUGAACCAUUGCCUGGUGAAGAAAGAUUAGCAGCUCUCACUGCUGGAGAACGUACGCACUGGGCCAACACAAGGCAGGAGUUUUUCUUCAAGGGCACUAACCGUGUUUCACUGGAUGCAGUUGAGAAAGCAGCGUUUGUUGUUAGUCUUGAUGAUGAGCCUUUUGAGUUUGACCAGAGCCGUCCUGAACUCUUGGACAAAUUUGGCCGUGUCCUUCUGCAUGGCAAAGGAUGUGAUAGAUGGUUUGAUAAAUCUUUCACUCUAUGUAUCGGCUCCAAUGGCAGGAUUGGCUUUAACUCCGAACAUUCAUGGGCUGAUGCAGCUGUAAUGUCCCAUCUAUGGGAAUUUGUUUUGACAGAGGAAGCUAUGCUUGCUGGAUAUGGGCCUGAUGGGCAUACAAUUGGUGAACCUGAAUUCACACCCCCUGCACCUACUCGAUUGCAAUGGGACUUCAAUGAGAAAGCUCUUGCUGCCAUUGACACUUCAUUUAAGUUGGCCCAAAAUCUUUUGAGUGAUGUUGAUUUGAGGAUCUAUGUUCACGAUGCUUAUGGAAAAGGAUUCAUGAAGGACUGCCGUUUGAGUCCUGAUGCAUAUAUUCAGAUGGCCAUGCAGCUUGCCUACUACAGGGAUGCUGGAAAGUUCAGUUUAACAUAUGAGGCAUCUAUGACUCGUUUGUAUCUUGAAGGACGAACUGAAACAGUAAGACCAUGUACAAUUGAAUCUGCAGCUUGGGUCAAAGCUAUGGAAAACAAAAACUCUAAUACCGAAGAACGAAUUGCCCUUUUGCAAACUGCUUGCAAAGUUCAUCACCAAGGCAUUCAAGAUGCCAUGUGUGGGAAAGGCAUCGACCGCCAUCUUUUCUGUUUAUAUGUUGUUUCAAAGUAUCUGGAAGUAGAUUCUCCCUUUUUAAAGGAGGUAUUAAGUGAACCAUGGAGGCUUUCAACAUCUCAAACUCCUCAUGGCCAGACCAACAAAAUGGAUCUGAAGAAGUUUCCUAAGUGUAUUAGUGCUGGAGGUGGCUUUGGCCCUGUUGCUGAUGAUGGCUAUGGUGUCUCUUACAUUAUCGCUGGUGAAGAUCUCAUCUUUUUCCAUAUAUCAUCUAAGCGCAGCUGUAGCACUACUGACUCUAGCAGGUUUGCCAAAACUAUUGAGAAAUCAUUGGCUGAUAUUCGUACUCUUUUCCUUGACUAUAAGAGUUCAAGACAACAGAAAGUUAAAAAUGAAAAGAAGACGGACUAGGUUAGUUCUGUUCAGUGCAUUGACCUCUCUUGACCGCGAGUCAGGUCUAGAAGGGUCUUUGUUUGUCAUCUUGAGGGGUUUAGUCCAAGGUUAUGUUACCAGUCUUCAACCCUUCAGCAGAUGACCUAUGCUAUGAUAUGUGGUGUUAAAAGUUAAAGUGCAAUCACUUAGGUUUUAAAUAACAUUUGUAUAUAAUUGUUAGUCUUAAUUGUUGUUUACUUGUUGCAUCUAAUCAUGUGAAUUCGAGGAAACAUACAUUAAUUGUUUUCAUGAGAUUUUCUAUAGUGUUUUGUGUCCUCAAAAUCUGUAUAUUGGUGGAUUUUAAGCUUUUCUGUUUACUCUGAUUCAUGUGAUAUAUUAAAUUCAUACUUGAUCCAAAUUAAACCUGUAAUUGAGGUAUUAACUGAAGGGAGACACAUGUAUAGCCUCUGAAGGCAUUGACUUGUGAUAGAAAAUGUAUUGAACUUGCAUCUUUCAAGACCAAUUAAGAUCAUUCCUUGUUUGAUAAAGACAUAUAAUGCUCUUUAGAAACCAAAUAUAAAAUCUUAUCUUGCUUCUGUCCCAAACUCAUCUUAAAUUGUUUCUUAAGACUGUUUCCCAAAUGGCUUCUUAUUUUUAAAUAAUCCUUUUUUUAUACAUUUUUUUUCUUUUUAAAGUGUGAAUUUUUCAACCUAAGUUGUGUGUAGUGCUAAUGCAGUAAUGUGUGAUGGAUCUAGUGUUGCAUGGAGGACUUUCUUGCAGGUAAAUCCUGUAGUAGGGUGAGAAUUCUCAUAUUUAAAAUAAACGAACUUAUCUCACUCUCAACCAUAAGCAGAUGACUUCCUCAUUCGUUUUCAUGUGAGCAUUUGCUUUUGAGCGUCUUCAUGUUACUAAAACUAAGCUUCCAUUCUGAGAUUUUUCGCUCAACACCGAAAUGAAAUUAUUAUCAAAGGUUAUUGUUUUGAAUAUGGUAAGUGGCAUUGUGAUUGCUGAAUGUGUUCCUGCCUGCCUCACAUGUGCCAAUAAUAAGGAGAAAAUUUAUUUGCUUGGAAUGUCCUUCCACCAAAUGCCCAGGCAAUGUGAAAAGUUCAUGUGAUAUUGAAGUGAAAUAUGGGUGUUGUAUGAAGAAAAUGUGAACUUCAACAAUGUACAAUAAUUUAGUUUCAAAAUAUGUUUGACAUUUGCUUACUAUGUGCUUAUAUCUUACGUUUGGGGCUGCUCUUUGUACUCUUUAAAAGCUCAAUCACUUGUUUUUAGGUGCUGGUUCACAUUUUGUUGUCUUAGGUUUAAUUUUAAAAAUCUGUUGUCUUUUCUCCUUCUCCCAUCCUUGUUUAGUGCAUCAUGUUACAACAGAUGCCUUGUUAUUCUGACUUUGGAGUAAGGUUUUUGCUCAAGAAAGUAGCUGUUGCAAUUUAAUCUAGUGUUCUAAUGACUAUGUACUACCUUGAUUUUUCUAGCAUUAGUUUUGUGACAAGAUGACUAAUAUAUUUUAUUUCCCCUAAUGUAGAUUUUUUUUCAUUUUACUAUUCUGAAGCUAAAUGAGUAGCUCUGGUAUGCUGUUUGAUUGUAUUAAUAAUAAGUUAACCACUUGCAACAUAUUUUUUGAGUAAAGUGCAAAGUGUAAGGGGUUGCUUUGGUGCUUCUGUAUUCAUAAUUUGUUCAGCAAUGACAUGCCACUUACCAUUAUCUGAUCCUUUGAAUAUUUUCAAUGCAAAUUUACCUCACUAUUUAACUGACAUUUGUAUUUCAAGCCUAUUGGAACCAAAGCAAGAAACUCCUGUCAGGACAUUCUUUUGGGCCAUUAUAUUCGAUUAAUCCCUCACUCGCCACGUCACAAUUUGCACUGCCGACUCUAAAUGAAGGAAAAGAAUGAGUCUUCCUGUUUUUACUUCUCUUGUCAUGUUUUCAUUUUUUUAAAGAGUUUCUUUUAAAUGAGGCACAUACAUUUUCUUACUUUUGUAUACAUUAGAUUUUUCUCCAAACAUCGCCCUGCAAGUCUAGUUUGAUUCAGAUUUUACUUCAUAUUUCAUAGUGCCUGUGUUUGUUGACAAGAGAAUCUCCUUCCCUUACUGAGACAGUCUGUGUGUUAUUUUUGCAUCGAUUUGUGAUUUGUUUUUUUAUGGAUGUGAGGUGGUGAUGAGGGAGCUGAGCUCUUGUACCUGUUUCUUCUUAUGUAACUUUUUAAAAUAAUCCUGGCAUAUACAUAUCAUGACUUGUAUUAUUCUUUGUCUUCAUUGGAAUGCAUUUUUGGUAUGUGUCCAUGCAGAAGAAACUGACUUCUAGACUGUAAUUGUUAUUAUUACAAUAAUUAUAAUAUACGAAAAUAAAAGAAACUGUUUUAUUA